GAUGAUAUAGUGACAUACAGCAUUCCCAUUAUUUCUCCUAAAUAAGCAAAAACCCUCUUUUGUUCUCAACUACUUACGAUGGCUUCUUCUUCUGUUCGUUUGGUUGCAAUUGCCUCACUCUUGGUGAUGCUCUUCAUGGCCUCUGGGAUGGGAACAAUGGCUGCCGGUACCAGAAUGUGCACGUCGCAGAGUGAACACUACAGGGGGAAUUGUCUUUUAAUCAACCAAAAUUCCCGCAACAACUGCAAUAGAAUUUGCAGGGAUACAGAGGGGUUUACCUCCGGGGAUUGCACCAUUACCGCUCAGGCAAGGCGCAUCUGCAGCUGCUUCAUGCCUUGCCAUUGCUAAAUAACCAACAUUGCUUGCUUCAACUUCAAUUCGAUCAGUGUUUUUAUAUAUAUAGCUAAAUAAAUGUCCCAAAUAAUAUAAUCCAAACAUGCAUGUGCAUGCAUGGUACCUGGAGUUUGUCUUCGGGAUUUCAGUUCUUUGGUAGCUGCCAUGCUCUGAUUCUCUCAUGUUACGUUGUUUGUAUGUAGUGUGUUUCGAUCGUUUGAAGUUAUGCAAUUUCUAAUCUGUGUUUUCUAAUAUGUUAUUUUUAUACAUAUAGUACAGUGUUGA